CUGCGCAUGCGCGGUACUUCUUUGUGGCCCUUCUCUGCUUGGUACCUGUCUGGUCUUCAGGGACCUAUUCCAGCUGUAGGAAUCCAGGGACUGGAUUUUUAGGCAAAAUAUAACUAAAACAUAAGCUAUUGCGUGAGGCUACACGUUGCAAACUGUACUUUUCGUCGACUUUAUCAGUGAAAUAGAGGCUGAUCGCUCAGGGCGUCGACUGGCCAUCAAGCAGAGCAUCCAUUCAUCCUUUCAUUGGCAGCUGAGGUUUACAGUCUUGCUAGCUUGCGUUAGCCAACAGGCAGGGGACAGCGGUGUCAGAGGGAUCCACAAAAUGUCGGGUUACCAAGGAAAGAAGAACAUCCCACGAAUUACAAGUGAUCGCCUUCUCAUCAAAGGGGCAAAGAUAGUGAACGAUGAUCAGUCAUUGUUGGCUGACAUCUAUAUGGAGGAUGGCGUUAUCAAGCAAAUAGGAGACAACCUCAUUGUUCCUGGGGGAGUUAAGAUCAUCGAGGCUCAUGGGAGGAUGGUGAUGCCUGGGGGUAUUGAUGUGCAUACCCGAUUCCAGAUGCCUGACCGAGGCAUGAUUGCAGCUGAUGACUUUUACCAGGGCACCCGUGCUGCUCUGGCUGGAGGAACGACCAUGAUCAUUGACCAUGUGGUGCCGGAGCCUGGCGUCAGUCUGGUUAAUGCUUUCAAACAGUGGAGGGAGUGGGCUGACAGCAAAUCAUGCUGUGACUAUUCGCUGCAUGUGGACAUCACCGACUGGAACAAUGGAACUCAAGAAGAGAUGGAGACUUUAGUCAAGGAUCAUGGUGUCAACUCUUUCCUGGUUUAUUUGGCUUAUAAGGAUGUUUUCCAACUUUCUGACUGCCAGAUCUAUGAAGUUUUCAGUGUGAUCAGAGACUUGGGAGCCAUUGCACAGGUGCAUGCUGAGAAUGGGGACAUCAUUGCAGAGGAGCAGAGACGUAUUCUGGAACUGGGUAUCACUGGUCCAGAAGGUCAUGUACUUAGCCGCCCUGAAGAGGUGGAGGCUGAGGCAGUCAACCGUUCAGUCACCAUCGCCAAUCAGACCAACUGUCCCGUCUACAUCACUAAGGUGAUGAGUAAGAGUGCCGCGGAUGUCAUUGCCCUCGCAAGGAAAAGGGGUGCUGUGGUUUAUGGAGAGCCUAUAUCUGCCAGCUUGGCCACAGAUGGGACCCAUUAUUGGAGCAAGAACUGGGCUAAGGCAGCAGCCUAUGUCACUUCUCCUCCGCUCAGCCCUGAUCCCACUACCCCUGACUACCUCAACUCUCUGUUGUCAUGUGGGGACUUGCAGGUGACUGGUAGCGCUCACUGCACUUUCCAAACCUCUCAACGCGCCGUAGGCAAAGAUAACUUCACCUUAAUCCCAGAAGGCACUAACGGCACAGAGGAGAGGAUGUCCCUAAUCUGGGACAAAUGUGUGGUGACUGGAAAGAUGGAUGAGAACCAGUUUGUGGCAGUGACCAGCACAAAUGCCGCCAAGAUCUUCAAUCUUUACCCCCGCAAGGGCCGCAUUGCUGUGGGCUCUGAUGCCGACCUUGUGCUAUGGGACCCAGAUGUCACUAAGAUUAUCUCAGCCAAGAGUCACAACAUAGCUGUGGAGUAUAACAUCUUUGAGGGCACAGAGGUGCGUGGUGGUCCUCUGGUGGUGAUCAGCCAGGGUAAGAUUGUGUUAGAGGAGGGCAGCCUUCACACUACAGAGGGCUGUGGCCGCUACAUCAGCCGUAAACCUUUCCCAGACCACGUGUACAAGAGGAUAAAGGCUCGCAGCAGGCUGACAGAACUACGAGGCGUCCCCAGGGGCCAGUAUGACGGCCCGGUGUGCGAGGUGACUGUGACUCCCAAGGUGAUGUCCACUGUCUCCUCGGUGAAGACUUCUCCUGCCAAGCAGCAGCAACAGCAGCAGCAGCAGUUUACUCACCAGCCAGUGCGCAACCUUCACCAGUCUGGCUUCAGCCUGUCCGGCGCUCAAAUUGAUGACAACGUUCCCCGUCGCACCACCCAACGCAUCGUGGCUCCUCCUGGAGGAAAAGCCAACAUCACCAGUCUCGGCUAAGCUUUCCAUUCUGAGCUGGGGUGCAGGUCAACUCGGGCCCAGAGCCACUUCAACCGCUGUUACAUCACAUCUGUUCUUUUUCAACAACCUCUGACCCCCUGCACCCCACCCAAAAAACACUCCAUCCAUUGUGAUUCACUCUCUAUUGCUGUCUACUCAUGCAAGAAAAGAAGGCACUAUUCCAUUCUGUUUAAUCUUUCCUGCCAUAUUUCAUCGUUGAGGAAGAGUCAGGUGAAUUAAAACAGCUUUGUUCGCUGUUUUAGUCACAGUUAGUCCAUUAAUGAAAUUCAUUUGUUUACAUUUGUUUACAUUUUUGUAUGGUUUUUUUUUUGUACAUUGUUGCGCUGUUUAGUUGAUCUUUUGGUUCAGAAAGGAAACAUAAAACGAGUAUUAGAAGAAAUGUUUUAUGUACGGGCAUUUUACUAUUUUACUAACAGCAAAUGUCUGCAAUUUUCUCAAGAAUGACAGAUAUAAUUUAGAAUGCAUUACCUUCAGCUGAAAGGAACACCCCCAAAGUCCAUAAACAUAAUGUUAGGUACUACAUAGUUAUGUUGUAGUACAUUGCUGUUUUAGUAAAAAAACAAAAAAAACAAAAAUACAGAAAACAAAAAAGCUGAAAUACUAAUCCUGAAAGAUUAGACUGUAACAUUGUUUUUGCAUCACAUAACACAGGAUUAUAUCCAAGUUUGCAGUAUUAGAUUUUUUAUCUUGUCCUUACUUUGUGUUGAAGUUGCACUUUUUUAUGUGAUAUUUCAUGUUUUCAUCACGUCAUGUUGGAAUGACUGCACUAAAAGGAAAAGAAAGGGUAUUUAAAUGUUAAUUCAGCUUCAGCCUGAAUACGAGGGAAACGGCGGGCAUAUACGAUUUUGUUCAAGAACCCAUGAACCUUUUCCCUAAUUUCACCAUAUUGUUUUUCCCCUCAUGUUUGGUCAAAGGUUGUCAGGGCAACAAGCUUCCGAUAUUAAGUGUUUGUUGUUGAAUACAGAGAAACACUACCAAAGCGAGGUUUUCCCACAGCCUCGCUGCACCUGGUGCUAUUCGGUCAUUGCUGUAUAUGUGGAGAUGAUGUCCGCACACAUCCACACAGCAGUCGUGUCAAGCUUUGUAAUAACAGCAGCCAGGGUAGAGGUUUCGACACUAUUUGUUUUGCACCUGUAACAAUCCAAAUGGUCAAAAUAUAUGUGAGCUUGCAGCUUUUAUUUGUAUUGAAUAUGUCUAUGUUUAUUUAGGAUAUAUGUUGAACUGAACUACUUGCCUGCCUGUUCUGUAAGAUAUUUGACAGCACACUGUAUUUAUGAAGGCUCUUUAAAGAAGUGCAACCAAGAUCUUUGAGACCUGAAAAAAGCGACGGUAUGUAAAUGAAACUCUUCACAGUGUGUUCAUGAUGUUCUUGGUGUUUGUGUUGUGAAUGAAUCCCAGAUUUCUUCUUCCUCCUUCCCCCCCUAUACAGUAUCACUUGAGGUAGUAACUACAUUCACCAAACCACAGCAGGUUGUCAGUAAUGUGGCACUGUGAACUGUACUGUGCGACCAACCUACUGCAUUCUGUUAAACACUGGGUUGUUUCUUCCUUAUUGCCUUGUCAAGUGUAGGUUUUUGUAUGCCGAGCUAUAAUGUGAAUUACAGUGAAUUACAUUUGGGGAGGGCUCCUGGUAAUGGUUAUUGAGAUGUAAUGUUGAGCACUGUUGUCGCCCCUCUCCAAACUAGUGUGAUACUGUUGGUCAUGUAUGUUUUGUAGGACACCAGGGAUUUUUGAAGGGAAAACAUCAGUCCUGUCAGCAUUCAACCCUACCUGUGUUGACUUCAGUGGAUUAAAGUAAUAAAAAUGAAUAUGGAUGUGCUGGGUGAUUUUUGUUAACCAUCUAGAAUUGAAAGUAAUUUAGUAGAAGUUUGAUGAAAGAACAAAUAAAUCCUAAAACCAUCAUCAAUGUAACACUCUGGAUUCCUUUGCUGAGAAACUCAUUAAAUUUCCAAAUGCGUGUCCAAUAUAUAAAAUUUUUAAUGGUGUAGUGCCUCCUCCAUUUACCACUUUCAGGGAAACUCAACAGGACAUUGUCUCAAGGAGGAAACCAUCAUUUGGCCAGACAUCUUUCAUAAUAAGGGCUUCAAUUUUUAUGGAAUAUACUUAGAAUAAUUUAGCAGCACAAUGACACAUCAUUUCCUUGUAUGGAAUCUCAAAACUUGGUUAAAAGCAGCCAUACGUGUCAUCAUACCUUCUUACUUCAUGCUUGUCUGCUUUAAUGUUGUGUCGUUUUUUUGUCAUUUCUGUUGUGAAACGGGUCUGUACUUUACUAUAUGUAUUAACUACCUGUGUUAUCUCAGUAGUAUCUUCAUUGUCUUACUUUGCAUGGUGCUUGUCUCAUUCUUUUGUGCUUCGUAAAAUAGUGUGCUUUAUCAAUUUCUUGCAUUGUCAUAAUUUUGCCUGGUGCUUACUUGAUUUCAUUUACGCUUGGUCUGUAAAAUCUGUCUUAAAUAUGUUUUGUUUUGUUUGUCUUUACAUGGUCUGGCUUUGCAUGCUGGUUUUAUCACACCUUUAGGAUUUUACUCUGCUUAUCUCUGCACUAAUUUUGAUUUGUUUUGUUAUUUUACUAAGUUAAUUCAACAUCCGGCAACACUGGCACAUUCACAGUAUUGUUGAACACUGUCAUUGAAUAAAUAAACAUUUCUAAACUG